CAGUUUUGCAACUUCCCCUGCUCGAAUUGAUGCCUAAUUGCACAAAUCCAGUAUGAUUUAUUUCCCUAUAUAAACACAGAAGUAGAAGGAAGAAGAAAGCAACUAGUUGAUUUCUGAAACGAUGGCCCCAUUCUCGUUGCUCGGUCGUCCUCGUGUUGCUGCGCUCAGCAGGAAAGGUUUCAAAUCAAGGGGGAAACGAAUGCAGAAAAGGGUGAAGAGGUUGAAGUCGGAGAUGGAGGCAAGAAGCGAGGAACACAAGGAUAUCAGGCAGGUUCAAAGACAAGUUAAAGAAAAAAUUGAAGGAAUUGAAUCGGAGUGCGAGGAAUUGCAGAGAGAGACUAGAUUCAUAAUCCAGCAAAGUGCCAGAACCCAGGUUAAGCUAGCUCUCAUGUUCCGCAUAUUGAAGGCCAGGGAAGACGGCGAUUCGGAUUCCGCUGCCAAACUCACUCAAAUGCUCCGAAAAAUUGUCGGAAGGUAGGCGGAAGAGUGACGGAGGAUAAAAUGCCUAAGCUCCACCGUUCCAUCCAAGUCUUUUAAGUACUGAAUACAGUUUAGCUCUGCCUUUGCUAAUAGUUACUAUCUUAUGUUUUUCUCUACUCAGUACAACUUUAAACUUGAUCGUCGAAUCAAACGUGAAUAAAUAAACAUGUUUAUGAACAUAUAUUUAUAUGUCA